AUGGGUGGCUCAGAUGCCGUCCACGACGCCGACACAGACCCCAAAGGCAUUCCCGAUGCCACAAGCAAUUACCAGGCCGGUGUGCGCCAAAUCGAGGCCAUCACCACCGUCUGGACUAAGCGCAACAUGAUUGCCGCCUAUGGGAUCAUUUGGCUCAUCUACUUCAUCACGUCCACGCAGGAGGUGGUAACACGCAGUCUCAACCCCUUCGUGACCAGCGAGUUCUCGGCCCAUUCUCUCACAGCCGUCACCGGCAUCAUUUCAAGCUUAUUUGGUGGUUUGUCCAAGCUCGUAUUUGCCAAGAUCAUGGAUACUUGGGGCCGUCCCCAUACUCUCGUCAUCACCAUGCUUAUUUGGACCAUCGGUUUCAUCUUGAUGGCCGCCUGCCCCAACGUCGAGGCAUACGUUGCCGCACAGGUCUUUUCCGUCACUGGAGCCCAAGGAGUGAGCUACUGCAUGACCGUCUUCAUCUCUGAUACCUCAUCGCUGGUUAAUCGGCCCCUUAUGCUGGCCUUCGCCACCUCUCCUUAUAUCGUCACUACUUGGAUCGGUGGCCCCAUGGCAGACAGUAUAAUCCAGGGUGUUGGCUUCCGGUGGGGCUUUGGCAUUUGGACCCUCGUUAUUCCCAUUGUUGUCUCUCCACUUGCUAUUCUGUUCUUUAUGAACAGUCAUAAAGCUGAGAAGCAAGGCCUCAUUGACCCUCGCAAACCGACCAUUUCCAUCAAGGCUGCACUUGAUUGGUGCAUCGACGCUGACAUUUUUGGCAUCGCUAUUCUCACUGCCGGAAUGACUCUGUUUCUCUUACCGAUGUCAAUCUACUCCCGUCAGUCUGAUGGUUGGAAGUCGCCCAUGAUCAUCGCCAUGAUCGUCGUAGGUGGUCUAUUAAUCAUCGCCUUCGUUAUCUGGGAAAAGGUAUUCGCCCCAGUUACCUUCAUCCCGUACAGCCUCCUUGCCGACCGAACCGUCUUCUUCGGCGGCCUCAUGUUCACCUUUGUCUUCUGGAACUCGGCCAUCUGGGGAAGCUACUUCACAUCUAUGCUAUUGGUCGUGUGGAAUACUGGCGUCACCCAAGCCACCUAUAUCAGCAACAUAUACCGUGUGGGAUCUUGCUUCUCGGGCCUCGUAAUAGGUUUCCUGAUGGUUCGGACUGGUCGGUUCAAAUGGGUCAACCUCUACUUCGCCAUUCCACUGAUGGUGUUGGGUGUUGGCCUCAUGAUCCACUUCCGCCAGCCUGAUACACCCAUUGGCUAUGUUAUCAUGACCCAAAUCUUUGUUGCGUUUGCUGGCGGUCCCGUUGUACUUUCAGGUGAGAUGGCUAUGAUGGCUCCGUCGGAUCAUCAGCACAUUGCUAUUCUCAUUGCGAUUCUCGAUCUCUUUGGAAGCAUUGGGACCGCUGUGGGCUCGACUGUUGCUGCGGCUGUCUGGACUGGAACGUUCCGAGACCGGCUCAUUGUACAUCUCCCCCCGGAAGCCGAUAUCGAUUCUAUCUACGGCAGCAUGUAUACCCAGCUAGCAUAUAGACAGGGUACUGAGAUCCGACACGGAAUUGCUCUCGCGUACGGUGACAGUCAGAGAUAUAUGCUCAUCACCAGUGUGUGCAUCCUCGCCCUCGGUUGGGCCUGCGUCUUCUUCUGGAGAGAUAUCAAGGUUAGGGGCAUCAAACAAGUCCGAGGCAACGUUGCCUAA